CAGCGUAAGCAUGAGGUCUUUAAAUGCAUUACUGCUUUACAGGGUAUGCAGGUUUCGGCUGCCGUUCAUAACAAAGCUGGUCAGAGCCAUAAAGAGUUGCAGAUCGCCGCGAAGCCGCCGCUCGGUUGGAUCUAUGGUGAUUUUUUCCGACCAUGGCAAAGAAUAUGGCCGAACGAGCCAUAUAACAAGGACAUACAUCUUCGACGGGAAUAUCCGCCACUCAGUUUGUUGGAAUUGCAGCGUCUGAUUGACCUUGGAUGGAUCGACGUCACGCAGCCAGUCGACCUGACGACACUGUGCCGGACAUGGCAGUACAAAGUCGAUCCCCUUCAGCGGCAGUUCGGCGUUCAGUUGACUGACGAGGGGCAUGAAGCUUUCAAAGCCAAAAUCAAUGUUGAAGUUCAGUGGGCCAGUGAGCUGAGCAUUGCCACUGUCGAACGAAACGGUGGUACUGUGACAACGGCGUACUACGAUCCUGUCUCUCUGAUAGCCGCAACUGACCCGAUUAAGUUCUUCCAAAAAGGUGAGCCAAUUCCAAAAAGAGGUUUUCCACCGAUGGAUUUGAUGAAGUACUACAUCGGUAGGGUUUCUGUGGAAUUUCUGUUACUUUAA